AUGGAAGAAACUUUCAAUAAUAUAUAUUUCAAGGGAGAGGGCUACUAAACGAACAGCUAAAUCUUAGAUGGAGCAAAUCAAUCAACCAUUUCUAAUCACAUGAACAAAUUUAUGAAUCUGUAUUUACAAAAAGUUCACUAGUAAAUGUAGUUAUAUCAAUGUGAUAGUGAAGAGUAGUGUCAUUAUUAUGUUGAAUAAUUGAAUAGAUACUUGCAAUAGUUUUGUGCAGCUGGAAAAGAGUUUAAUAAUUAUAAGAAAUUCUCUUUGAACUUUAAUUGGAGUGAAUAUCAUAAAUAGAAUUUCAUCUCUAGAAUACUCUACGAUUCUAAAAUUUACGAUACGAUAAUGACUAUCAAGGAUAACUAUGAAAGCGAGGGAGUUGAGAAAUUAGUUAAUUUAAUCAAAGCAAAUAAAAACAAUAAGAUAGAAUAUUGUUGCGAUCUGGUUUACUAAGAGUAAACUAUCUAAAUUAAAACUCAUUCUGAUUUAAUGAGGUACUGGUUAUAAUACAGUUAAUGCGAAGAUUUAGGCCUGGAUGAAAUUAUGGAUUUCGAAAGAAGACUAGAAAAGGCCAUUACUGGAUUGCCUGAUACAGAGAAAUAGUUACCAACACUUCCAUUAAAUUGGGAACAAUAAAUACUCUCAAAAAAGAAAUGA